UUUAGGAACAUUCUUCCUCAGCCACUCGUUUUCUUUCUCCUGAGAAGUGCGUUUUCUUUUCAUCAUUUGUCUUUUAAAAGAAAUGACUGUAUACUGCCCUAGUCUUUGCCAUUAUCAUUCAAACCCGCAAGGUCAAGAACAAGGACAGCGAGUAAGAAAAGAACGAAACGAAAACAGCGAAUGCAGAGAAAAAGGCGCGACUCCAGAUCUCGCAAAAUUCUACGAGAUCUGGCUAAACUUUUGAAUUGAGGACUGAUGCCAGCCGUCGUCGUCACGUCAGCCAGAGAAUCCAAGGAUUGCAUCUACCAGAAAAUAUGGAGAGAAAGUUUGCUGUGGUACAGUGGAUUGAAGGGGAAGAUUCAGGGAAGUUCAGUGAUGUGAAAACUGAUGCUAUAAGGAGUUAUGAUGAUUCCAAAAUGGACCAAGAUGGAAAUCCAAUUUCCCCCUACUCAGCCUUUAUUGAGUGGCGCCCCGGAAAGAAGCCAAAGGGAGGGUGGCCUCACUAUAAAGGAGAUGUGCUUUUUGUUAGUGGUACCCGCUUUGAAAACACCUGUAAAUUAAACUCUCUGCUGGAAGAGGUGGAAAGACCACAGCUGACCAAAAGGGUGUCGGUGGCCCCCUCAAAAUAUAGGGGCGAUUCAGAUGAUUGCACUGAUAUUGAGACUGAGCCAAAGAAAGUUAAGAAGUCUAAGGUGAGGGCGGACCCUGCAGAAGACUUCCUGAAGACAUAUGGACCUGGCCAGCCUCAUUCAGUUGACAAUCAUGACCUGAGAAAGACACUGGUGGAGUUAAAGCAGGAGGUCAAGGACCUUAAAGAAGAGAACACCAAAUGGAAGGAAAUGGUUCUUCAAGAUGUGCCAGGACUCCUAUAUGGCAUGAAAAAAAUAAUGGAUUCAAUUACACCUCCUAAGACUACCACACCAAGGCUGACCUUGCAAGGUUCUCCUCGGUCAACAUCCAGUUCAGGACCCACCCCUGAUAAGUCCCCAAGUUCUAGGCUCUCUACAGCCACAUCUGCAUCUCCCCCCAUUCCAUCACCAACUGUCUCCCAGUCAUCUAAGGUGGAGAUUCAUCCUGGGACUGGAGUCAUGAUUGACAAAAUAGCAUGGGCCUAUGCCCUCAAUUCAAAUUCAGCCACUGUGUUUGUGAGGCAUCUCCUCACUGCAGUCUUCCCAUUGGAAAUAUUACUGGUGAGCAAUCUUCGGGGGACCAAAAGAAGUGGAGGAGAUACUCGUCUACCACUGGACAAAAAUAAAUUGGAUGCCAUUUACAGUGCAACUCUUGAGAGGUUUCCAGGGACUCCACUGUCCAGCAUCGGAACCACGAUCAAUGCCAAGAUUACCGAGCUCAGGUCUAAAAGUAAAACCUCCACACCUAACAGUUAAACUUCUGCCUUUGGAGGCCAUUUAAUUAGUGUUGAGGGCAUGUUAGUGAGAUUGGCAUGUUAAUUGUAAUCUAAAGUAAUACAGCUACUGUAGUUUGUAUAGCUGUUUGUUUUCAUUUAAUAAAAAAG